AUGGACACAGAAAAUAGCGGCAGAGCACAGCUCGCUCUUCCAAAUCCACAGUGGUCCCCCAGUGUAUCUGAACCUGGACUCUCAGAAAUAUCUCUCCAUGGUAGUACUCUACCGAAGAAGUCCCCACGACAACAUACAUGGCUGACAUUUCUGAACAAAGAGCUGGAAUUCCUGGGGGUAACACAAAUUCUGACUGGUUUGAUAUGUCUUUGUUUUGGAACAAUUGUCUGCUCUGUACUCAAUGUUUCAAACUUUGAGGAAGAUAUUUUUUCAUCAUUUAAAGUGGGCUAUCCAUUUUGGGGAGCAGUAUUUUUUGCUGUUUCUGGAUUUUUGUCAAUUAUAUCUGAAAGGAAAAAUGCAGCAUAUCUGGUGAGAGGACGCCUGGGGGCAAACGCUGGCAGCAGUAUAGCUGGGGGAACAGGAAUUGUCUACCUGAUCAUCAACCUAAAGAACAGCGUGUCUUAUGUUGACUACAGUUGCGAAGAGGUUUUUGACCCUGACAACUGCUUUGUGGCUUCUUUUUCCACUGAAAUUGUGAUGAUGAUACUGUUUCUCACCAUUCUGGGGUUCUGCAGUGCAGUGUCACUCACGGUAUAUGGGGUUGGAGAAGAACUCAGAAGAAGUAAGGUUCCAGAAGAUCGUCUUUAUGAAGAAUUAAACAUAUAUUCACCUAUUUACAGUGUGUUGGAAGAGACAGUGGAAGAGUCUCCUCCCACUGAUUCAUAA